UGGAAACGGCUAGUCCAGCUGCAGCAUUGGUGUGCUAGGAGCAGAGCAGGACUAGCAUACAGCAAUGAUGGCUUUUUAUUUUCAAUGAGGCAAAGUCUUUUAACAACAUAUUUUCAGUAGGAGUGUAGCUGCAGUGUACGGGCAAUUUGCAGACAAUAUUUUACCAUUUUGUAGGGAGAGCGACUAGGGCUUCCUCAAAAGUGUAUAUUAUGCUAACAUAACUCAGCUAGCAGUAGAGUACAGGUGACAGCUGAUGUGAUAAUGCUAGUUUAAUGGUUAUGUGUAUGGUAAUGGUCAGUUUGGUGCGAGUUUGUGAUCUUCUAUUUAUCGACUUCAUUUGUGCUGCACCAUGGCUGACGACCCUCAAAGAAAUUUUCGAUCAGCCUAUUAUGAGAAAGUUGGCUUUAGGGGAGUUGAGGAGAAGAAGUCUUUGGAAAUACUGCUCAAAGAUAAUCCCCUAGAUUUGGAAAAGUUGAGUACGUUUAGCCAAAGAUUUCCUAUCCCAUCUAUGUACAGAAUCCAUGUAUGGAAAGUAUUGCUGGGUAUCCUACCACCCCACAGCGACUCUCACGCAUUGGUUGAGGGUUACAGGAAGGAGCAGUAUCAGGACAUUUUGGACGCUCUGGAGGUGAUGCGAUACAUAAAUGUAUCCACCCCAACCACCCAUGUUUACCUGCGGAUGUUCCAGUUGGAGAACCAGGUUCUCCCCAGAUGCUCAGAAAUCUCCCCACCGGAUGAAGGAAAUGAAGAUUUCUUAUCCAUAAGCCGGGCAAUGGAUGAGAUCGUUGAUGAUCCUGUUGACUGUUACUGGCUCAUUAAAUGUUUUGUCAAUCAAUUCCACAUCAAGUUUGGAGACUCUCUACCCCACUUGCCAAAAAGCCUUGAACACUACCUGAGUCAAGAAGAACCUCGCCUGCUAAACCAUUUUAAGCAGACGGGAGCAUUGGCACAGCUGCCUUAUAACCUCUGGUUCAGACGGUGUUUUGCUGGUUGUCUUCCUGAGUCUAGUCUCCAAAGGGUUUGGGACAAGGUGAUCAGUGGCUCCUGUAAAAUCCUUGUGUUUGUAGCUUUGGAAAUUCUUUUAAGCUACAAAAUUGUGUUAAUGGGCUUAAACCGACCAGAAGGAGUGGCCAAGUUUUUGUACAAUAUCCCUCAGGAGAACACAGAUGCCAUUGUGGCAAAAGCUAUUGACCUGUGGCACAAGUACUGUGGUACACCAAUGCACAGCACUUAAGACAAAAAGGGCCUGAGUUUGGCAAGGUCAAGGAGCUUCACCUUGUCCACUGGAUAGAAAGACUAUUCUUUUUAAUAUUGAGCUUUGAGCAUGGCAAUCCACUAUAUGUAUAUAUGUCUGUGAAAAAUACCGAAGUAAAGACACCUAUUU